AACCAAACGUGUGUAGUGUAUAAACGAGACCGACAUAACCUCACAUUGUUUUAAGUUCAACUUUGAUGCAAACCACAAAACACAAUCCCUUUUCACUCGCCAAUUCUCAAGCUCUUUGAAAAAGUCAAAUCUUUUUACCAUUUUUCAUUUUUCUCCAAACUUAGGACCCGAUAACACCUGAAUCUCAAAUUUUUUCAUUUUCAUUCAAUUCAUACAAAAAAAUAUAAACCACCGUUUACUCAAUUUCUUCAACCUAUUCGUGAUUUUUAUUUCAUUUAUAAAAAUCCUUUUUUUUUUCAAGCUUUUUCUUUGAUCCUUCAAUGGAUUCUGAGUUCUGGACCUCUCGUCUUGCAGCUGCUAAACGCCACUAUUCUCUUCAGCAUAAUCACCCAACUUCUCAUUUAGAUCGUUUGGGAAUAGAUGAUUUUGAUGUUGAAGAAGAGGUUAGACCAGAUUUUCCUUGUCCGUAUUGUUAUGAAGAGUUUGAUAUAGGUUCUUUGUGUUCUCAUCUUGAAGAUGAACAUUCAUGUGAAUCAAGAGUCACGAUUUGUCCUGUAUGCUCAGUUAAAGUUGCACGCGACAUGUUGAGCCACAUAACGCUGCAACACGGACAUCUAUUUAAGAUACAGAGAAGACGCAGGUUAAGAAGAGUUGCUAUUCCUAACAGUCAGACGUUGUCUCUAUUGGGUCGAGAUCUCCGUGAAGCUCAUUUACAGGUGCUUCUUAAUGGUGGUGGUGGUGGAUACCGAUCGCAUAGUAACACAGUAUCCAAUGCUUCUACUGAUCCAUUCCUAUCCUCUUUUAUUUUGAAUUACCCUGCAUGCGAAGCAGAAGAAAUCUCCAAAUCUGUGGUAACAAGUGCUGAAGAUUCUUCUACAAAGAACACAACAGCACCUGUACAACAUAUAUGGAAAUCAAGUUUUGAUCCAUCAUUGAGCAUUGAAGAGCGGGAGAAAAGGAUGAGACAAGCUGCCGGGAGGUCUAGUUUUGUGCAGGAUUUGUUUAUCUCAACCUUGUUAGGCGACUAAAAAUGGAAGAUGUAAGUUGUUUAGAAAGAAUAAUCAAACAUGAGAUCCAACCUUAAGGAUCUUAAUGAAGGAUGUCUUCAGUGGGAUAAGUGGUUCUUUGGAAGUUGAUGUUAUAGCUUAAUUGUGAUAUUGUGGUAGCAUCACUUUCAACAUAUAUAGUGAUGAAUCUAAUGAUAGUUACCAUUUAUCCCACACAUGUAGGCAUCUUCACUAGAGAUGUAUUUACUUUCUUAAAAAAUGUUAUGGAAAGACUUAUAUUGUUAUAUUGGCAUCAUGAUAACCCUAGUCAUGUGUUCUUUUCUAUUA